AUGUUCAGCAUUGUCUUCUCAGUAGCUGUAUCUUCUGUGUUGUCCAAAACAAUCACACUGGUGUUGGCUUUCCUGGCCACAAAGCCAGGGAAUAAAAUGAGAAGAUGGUUGGGGAAGAGCUUGGCCAACUCCAUCAUCCUUUCUUGUUCUGCUGUCCAAAUUAUCAUCUGCUGCAUUUGGCUAGCAGUUUCACCACCAUUCCCUGACUCUGACCUCCACUCGCAGCCUGGAGAGAUCAUCCUUCAAUGCAAUGAAGGCUCUGUCGUCAUGUUUUAUGUUGUCCUUGGCUAUAUGUGUUUCCUAGCUGCCAUUUGCUUUAUUGUAGCUUUCCUGGCCAGGAACCUCCCUGGAGCCUUCAAUGAAGCCAAGUUGAUCACCUUCAGCAUGCUGGUCUUCUGCAGCGUCUGGGUCUCCUUCCUGCCCACCUACCUGAGCACCAAAGGGAAAUACAUGGUAGCUGUUCAGAUCUUCUCCAUCUUGGCCUCCAGUGCUGGACUGCUGGGCUGCAUCUUCAUCCCCAAGUGCUACCUUAUCAUCCUGAGGCCAGACCUGAACACUAAGGAACAUCUGACAAUAAAAGUUGGGAAAUAA